AUGGUCAGCACGAUGGGUAAAUGGUGGGAGAAGCGGGUGCAGCGACUUCGAGCGUUGCUGGAGAAGGUGGGGAGGCAGGGGAAAGCGACAUCGGAGCCGGCAUACGAGCAGGAGCGACCAGCGGCAUACGAGAAAUCGCGAGCGAUCUUUCUGCAGGGGCUGGGGCUCAUGUUCCUCGUCGCCUUCUCCUCCUACUUCAUCCAGUUCGAGGGGCUCUACGGCAGCCAGGGCAUCCUCCCCCUCACCGAGCAGCUCCAGCUCUCUCGCGGCCUGCGCUGGCAGCUCUACCCCACCAUCGUGCGGUGGCAUGCGGCACUUGGGAUAGACGAGUACCUCCUGUGCAACUUCCUCGCCGUCCUCGGCCUCCUCGUCUCCUCGAUCGCUGCCAUCGGCUUCGGGACAGCUCCUGUCAUCUUCGCGUGCUGUGUGCUGUACCUGUCCUUGACAACGGUUGGAGACGUGUUCAUGUACUUCCAGUGGGACGCCCUCCUCCUCGAGACAGGCUUCCUCUCCGUCAUGUACGCUCCUCUCUGGACUCGUCCUCGCCGCAGCUCCCAGGUGCCGCGCGUUCCCCUCUGGAUGCUUCGCUUCCUCCUCUUCAAGCUGAUGCUCAUGAGCGGCGUCGUCAAGAUCGCUUCCAAGGACCGCGUCUGGCAGCAGCUGACCGCCCUCUCCUACCACUUCGCCUCUCAGCCCAUCCCGACCCCCAUGGCCUGGUACCUGCGGCAGCUCCAUCCUCUCCUUCUCCAGCUCGGCGUCGCCCUCGUCUUUGUGAUCGAGAUCCCUGUCGCCUUCCUCCUCAUCUGCCCGCUUCGGGUCGUCCGGCAUGGAGCUGCGGGGGCAGUGGCGCUGCUUCAGGUUCUCAUCAUGGUCUCGGGCAACUACGGCUUCUUCAACCUCCUCACGCUCCUCCUCCUCGUCAACCUCCUCGACGACACUUUCUGGGUCUCCUUCCUCCGCGAGUGGGAGAAGGACGCGUCUGACGACCGCAACGUCAGAGGCAAGGGGAUGUACGGCAGCAGAGGAAGCAACACCUCCUACUUGGGCUCCUCCCCCUCUUCCUUCCCUGGCAGCGGGACAGACGUCGAUCCCCUUCAGAGGCGCCAUGGGCCCCGGGGCUACGAGUACGUGGGAAGGAAGACCCCUGCCUUCUGCUGGGCUUCUCUACUCUAA